AUGAUGGAAAUGAACACCACUGGGAACGGCCUUGGGGGUGACGCUCGGUGCGACCGAGGGUUUGGUGAGCACGUGGAUUUCUUUAGCACUCAGGAAAACAGUGUCGGAAAGAGGCCGUGCGCAUACAGCAGAUGUGAGAGAAAUUCCACCCGGAACGAACAUCUUCAGACUCCCCAGGGAGCCCGAGAAGGGGAGACGUUUCCAGGCCCUGCAUGCGAGAAGAGUCUCAGUGAAAGGGUGUUCCAUCUGCUGCACUCGCAGCUAUGUGCUCCGGGUGAGCAAGGCCUUGGGCCGGCGGCUGCUCACGCCUCCUGCGAGGGGCUGCCCGCGGGGCCGCAGCUGGUGGCCCGCCCCGAGCGUGGGCAAAACCCUGCGGGCGGAACCAGGCUUCGUGACCGCAAUGACCUCGUCGGAGAGGAGCAGCCAUCGGUGGAAAGCGAGGAGAACUUCCCCACGGAAAACGCGUUGGGCAGCCCAUGCUGGGAUCACGCACAGGACAGGCAGCACUUGGUGCCCAGGGGCAGCCCCGCACACCAGCAGCAGAGCCAGGGCCGGGGCAAGUCCUACAUUUGCAGCGACUGUGGGAAAAGCUUCGAUUGCCAUUCGUGGCUCGUUAGGCACCAGAUGACUCACACGGGAGAGAGGCCGUACAAGUGCUCCGAGUGUGACAAAAGCUACAGGAGGAAGGAUUAUCUGCUAAACCACCAGCGCCGGCACUCCGGAGAGGGGCUCUUCCAGUGCCCCCUCUGCAGGAAAAGGUUCGUGCUCCGGAGGAGUCUGAUGAAGCAUCAGGAGAGUCACGUGCAAGAAACACAUCUGACGCUGGCGGGUUGGCCCUGCACGGAGAUCAGGGGCUCCGUGAUGCACUCCAUAUAG